UGGCCAGUACUUCAGGAGGCGUUAAGCAGAGCUAUACUGUCUCGGACAAUAAAAGUGCGCCUUCUCGUGAGCAUAUGGAGAGGCACACCUUCUGCCAUGUUCGGCUAUCUACAACACCUGUCAGACCUGGAUGGACUGGGCAAGGGGCACAUCUAUGUGAGACUGUUCAACAUUACUGCAUCUGAUGGAAAAACUCUCAAAGGCUCAAACAACAGCAGAUAUGUGUAUUCCGAAGACAGCAUAUUUAUUGGAACUUCUGACUGGACGAAGGAUGAUUUUGAAGAUAAUGUAGGUUUUGGCCUGCUGCUUAAUGAGGCUGCCUCUGGUUUCUAUGGUAACGAAGCAGACGACAACAUCCACCAGCAGCUGAAGACCGUGUUUGAGACAGACUGGAACUCUGACAAUGCCACUCCGCUCUAAGGGCUCGUGUACAUAUCAUUAAAAAUUUUU